AUGAUGUCAAGUGGGCAUCCCUCUCUCCUUCUUCCAACCUUUCCGCUAGCGACUCCUUGCGAGACCGCGGGCACCUUCCUUGUCAGCACGUCCUCGGUCAGCUGCACUGGGCCGAACGGUCCACUCCCGCCUCAGAGUGUGAGGCUGCUCUACCCAAGAGCUGGCGCCGGGCAAACACCACCACGACUACCGAACGACCGAGCGACGUCCAUCCCGUCUCCACAUCUUCAUCAGAGACGAGGCUGCGACAAAGUGGCGAGGUGCGCGCGCAUCCUCGGGGUGUUCCCCAUCCCGUCGGUGAGUCACCAGGUGGUGUACCGCGCCGUCAUGGUGGAGCUGGCCCGAAGGGGCCACGAGGUGGUGGUCAUCACCCCCGACCCAAUCAGAGACCCCUCGCUCAAGAACUACACAGAGAUCGACUCCUCCUUCAUGUACGAGGACUUCCGCAAAACUUUCAACUUUGCUGGCCGGAGAAUGGAUGACAAGUCGCCUUACGUGAUAUCGGACGCACUGACAGCGUACGGGCUGCGGCUGUGCGAGAUGUUGCUGGACCACGAGCCAGUCAAGAAGCUUGUCUCCUGGACCAACUCCGGAGAGCACUUCGACCUGGUGUUCCUCGAGUGGUUGACCACGGCGAGCACGUAUGUCUUCGCGCACAGGUUCUCCGCCCCCUACAUCGGCAUCGCCUCUCUUCCGCCUUUCGGUUACAACUACGACUCUGUCGGCAACCCCAACAACCCCUCAUACAUCCCGGACAUCUUCAUGCCCUACUCCGACAAGAUGUCUUUCUUCGAGCGCCUGGACAUGCUCGCGUACGCCCUCUGGUCUCGUCACUUCUUCUACAACACGAUGAUCCCCAGGCACCAGGCCUUGGUGGAACGUCACCUCGGUCGUUUCGUGCCGAGCCUGCUGGACAUGCACUACAACGUCAGCAUGCUGUUCGUCAACUACGAGCCCAGCUUCCACCCUCCCAGGCCUGAUGUUCCAGCCAUAGUACAUCUUUCAGGACUGCACUUGAAGCCUCCGAAACCGUUACCUCAGAAUAUCCAGCAGUUCCUGGACUCGGCGCCCAAGGGCGUGAUCUACUUCAGCCUGGGCAGCAACGUGAGGAGCGACAAGUUGGACGCCAGCAAGCGACAGAUGUUCCUGGACGCCUUCAGACAGUUGGACGGCUACCGCGUGCUGUGGAAGUGGGAGUCUGACCACCUGCCCGGACAGCCGGACAACGUGAUGAUACAGAAGUGGAUGCCACAGCAGGACGUACUGCGUCAUCCCAAGGUGAAGGCGUUCAUCAUGCAAGGAGGACUUCAGAGCAUCGAGGAGGCCAUACACUCUGGCGUGCCCCUCAUAGCCAUACCCUUCUUCUCAGACCAGGACUACAACACCAAGAGGAUAGUGGAGAAGGGAAUAGGAUUGAAACUGGAUAUCAGUGAAGUCAGCAAGGAGAAAAUACAACAUGCUUUGGAGACUGUAUUAGAGGACAACCGUUUCCGGGCCAACGUGAGGCGGCUGUCGGCGAUCAUGAGGGACCAGCAGUCGAGCCCCUUGGAGCGCGCCGUUUGGUGGACGGAGUACGUGCUGCGACACGGGGGCGCGGCCCACCUGCGCACCGCCGCGGUCGGCAUGCCGUGGUACCAGUACCUGCUCCUGGACUUGCUGGCCUUCCUGCUGGUGUCCGCCGCCGCCGCGGUGCUGCUGCUGUGGCGCGCGGUGAGGUUCCUGUACGGCCGGCUGCUGGCACGCCAAGACACCAAGCUCAAGAACCACUAGCGGGACGUUGUUGUUGACCAAUCGUCGUCGUGAAAAACUACAUCUGAACUGUUUUUUUCCCUUAAAUCGUUAUGUCAUUAUGUUUAUGAAAAUGCUCACCUUCGAUGAAGAUAUUGUCAUAAUCGCCAAAAUGUUUGUGUCUCUCUGAUGGUUGUGACGUGCGUGAAAGCAGUGAAUUUCAGUACGUGCCAUAGUAUGACUGUUGUAAAUGCGAGUUAAAUUCUGUGUUGUUGUUACGGGGUGUUUCCCCCAUUACUCCCUGUGUAACCACUGGCCACUGUCGUAUAGAUAGGUUUGGCAACCCCCAGUCCUUUGCCUUGGCGUGUUUCGUCGGCUUAGUGAAGCUCGCCGCGGCCUGCGAACUAACGGCGCUAGUAGUAGUGGAACUCAUCAUCGGUAAAGUUUAGGGUUUUUAAUUUAUUUGGAAGCUUUGCAAGGUUUGAAGACAGCAAUAAAUUGUAAAUUUGCUGCAAUUGUCAUUUAAAGUUUUAAUCUAAGAUAUAUACUAUUUAAUUAAUAUUUUUUCUUCAAUUAUUAAGUCAGUGUCGUGGUGUACUAAAAUGCAUGGGUUGAUAAUCUGCGAGCUCGGGUUUGAUACCUGCUAGUAUUUUUAUUUUACGUUUUCAUUUUAAUAUUUUUUGCAAAAUUAAACUAUCAAUCACAGAAAUUAAAUAUGUUUAAACAGUGAAAUUACAUAAUCAAGUGAGAUUCUGAAUAAAAUAGACAUUAUGAAAACUCUAGUAAGUAAUUAUCUACUAUACUCUUUAUUUAUUAACAGAAGAAACAUUACAUUUUUUUCAGUUUCCAGUAAAAUACAUUUUUUAACUGUUUGAAUAUAUAAUUUCUGUAUUAUUGUACUGUAAUUUUUGUAAGUGUUUAUCGAGAAAUCUGCUUAAACUUAUAACGGUUCGUUAUAUACAAAAUAAAACAGUUCAACGCCGAUUGCAAA